UUUGAGUGCGCCUGCGUGGCUUUAAGUGAGCCGACGGCGCAUGCGUCCGUCGGUUGCGGCCGGUGGGGACUGCGCAGGCGUGGAGUUCCGCGGGCUGUCGAGAGCGGCACCGGAGGGACCGGAGCGGGAGCUGAAGAAUGUCGUAUUACUCCAGAAGCUCCAGAGCUUCAGACUGCAAGGUCUAUGUUGGUGAUUUGGGAACAGGAGCUGCCAAAGGGGAGCUGGAGCGUGCUUUCAGCUACUAUGGCCCCCUCAGGAAUGUCUGGGUAGCACGGAACCCUCCGGGUUUUGCUUUUGUAGAGUUUGAAGACCCCAGGGAUGCAGAAGAUGCUGUGCGUGGGAUGGAUGGCAAGGUUCUGUGUGGAUCAAGGGUGCGUGUUGAGCUUUCAAAUGGGAUGUCACGCAAAUCACGCUUUGGCCGUCCUCCUGCUCGGCGCCAAUUUGACCCCAAUGACCGUUGCUACCAGUGCGGCGAGCGCGGCCACUAUGCCUACGAUUGCUACCGUUACAGCAAGAGGAGGCGUGGCAUCAGUCGAUCUCGGUCUAGGUCUCGUUCCCGUUCGAGAUCCAGGUCAAGAGGCCGCCGUUAUACCAGGUCCCGGAGCCGCAGCCGCGAUCGCCGAACUCGUUCCCGUUCUCCUUCGUACUCUAAGAAGAGAAGUCGAUCCCUCACUCCAAUGAGGUCCAAGUCCAGAUCUCCAGUAAGGAGCCCAUCAAGAUCAAGGUCUCGAUCGAGGUCUCUUUCUAUGAAACGAGAAAGUCGUUCCCCAUCAGAAGGUUCUCGGAAGAGCCCAAGUCCUGCAAGGGAUGACUGAAGCAACUUCGUGAAGAGCACAGCAGUGGGGUCCUCAUCGCCUGACAACCUUUUAACUAAACCUAGAUGUUUUAGUGCCUUUUUAUAUGCAUGCAUUCCACGGAGAAAUGUCACUGCUCUUCAUUUGGUCCAAGUAAAUGUUAUAAUUGAAUGUUGUGAAAUAUACUGUACAGCUUCUACAAGGAGCAGCAGCAUCAGCAGCUGACAGGGUUCGGUAAACAACUCACAUUUCUUUGUAUUAAAUUUUACAUCCUUAUCAGA